ACCCCAGCUCCUUGUCUUACCUGGACCUCGUGGCGGCUGCUACCUCCCAGGCUGGACUCCCCAGCCCUUCUCGGGCGUCCAAUCCCGUCCAAUCCCGGGUCGGAGAGCCGGAGACCUCGGGGCCAGCGCUGCCCUCGCAGCCGGGCCGGCGGGAGGCGGGUGCGCCGCCGGGAGCGAGGCUCGCCGUUUGGGGUGGGGGCGGCGGCGUUUCGGUCGUCUGAGGUUCGGGUGCCAUAAAGGCUCCCUCCGCUAAUGUAAUUUACCAACAGCUCGGCGGGCCGAGCGCGGCGCGGCGCCCGGACUGACAGGCGCAUUAGGCAGGCUAAUUCCAGCCGGCUCCUCCUACCCCCGGCCCGCUAAUUAAUGAGCUUCCCAACUUAGAGCCGCCUGCAUUGGACAGGCAGAGAGUGAAAGAGAGGGCGAGGGCGAGGCAGAGAAGGAGAGGAGAGACGGGGGGAGAGGAGAGGAGAGAGGGCGGGAGAGAGAGAGAGAGGGAGAGAGAGAACAGGGGGAGAGAGGACAGAGAGAAAGAAAAGAGGAGAAAGGCAGGGAGAAAGGAGGAAGAGACAGAAGUGCCUGCUGCCGAUAAUUGAUGACUCCUCGAUCAAGGCUAACUUGUUAGCAAUAGUCAAUUGCCCAUCUCUCCGCCUCCCCUCGCAGUACGGGAUCUGUGCACUCGCCUCGGCUCUCCCAACUGCCGCCGCCUCCAGGAGCCAGGAGCCGCGGCGGAGCCACCUGACACCCUUAAAUAGCACCGGGGCCGGCGAAACUGGAGCCCCGCGCGGCGCGCCCCGGCUCGGGCCCCGGAUUGCUGGAAGCCCCGGCGGCGGCGUCAGCACCCUCCUCCCGGGGCUCCGGGCAGCUCUGCCCGCCUCUGCCGCUGCGUUAACCGGCCCCACACCCGGCCGGCGCUUGGCCCGCGCCCUGCCUGGCGCGGCCUCCUGCCCACCCGCCGCCGCCGCUUGCUUUCCCGCGCCGCCCGGCGCCCGAGCUGCCCGCGGGCUGGGUCCCCGCAGCCCGAGCCGCCCCGGCCGGGCCCCCCAACGAGGCCGAGAUGACUUCCAAGGAGGAAGGCAAGGCGGCGCCGGGGGAGGAGCGGCGGCGCAGCCCGCUGGACCACCUGCCGCCGCCCGCCAACUCCAACAAGCCGCUGACGCCGUUCAGCAUCGAGGACAUCCUCAGCAAGCCGUCCGUGCGGAGAAGUUACUCGCUGUGCGGGGCGGCGCACCUGCUGGCGGCCGCCGACAAGCACUCGCCCGGCGGCUUGCCCCUAGCGGGCCGCGCGUUGCUCUCGCAGACCUCGCCGCUGUGCGCCCUGGAGGAGCUCGCCAGCAAGACCUUUAAGGGGCUGGAGGUCAGCGUCCUGCAGGCAGCCGAAGGCCGGGACGGAAUGACCAUCUUCGGGCAGCGGCAGACGCCCAAGAAGCGGCGAAAGUCGCGCACGGCCUUCACCAACCACCAGAUCUACGAGCUGGAGAAGCGCUUCCUCUACCAGAAGUACCUGUCCCCCGCCGACCGCGACCAGAUCGCGCAGCAGCUGGGCCUCACCAACGCCCAGGUCAUCACCUGGUUCCAGAACCGGCGCGCCAAGCUCAAGCGGGACCUGGAGGAGAUGAAGGCCGACGUGGAGUCCGCCAAGAAACUGGGCCCCAGCGGGCAGAUGGACAUCGUGGCGCUGGCCGAGCUGGAGCAGAACUCGGAGGCGGCGGGCGGCGGCGGCGGCGGCGGCGGCUGCGGCCGGGCCAAAUCCAGGCCUGGCUCCCCCGCACUCCCUCCGGGCGUCCCGCAGGCCCCGGGCGCUGGGGCCCUGCAACUCUCGCCCGCUUCCCCGCUCACGGACCAGCCUGCCAGCAGCCAGGACUGCUCGGAGGACGAGGAAGACGAAGAGAUCGACGUGGACGAUUGAGCGGACUCAGACUCUUCCGCCGCCCAGGGCCCUGGAAGCCCGUAGGCCUGCAGCCUCCCGGUCGUCAGACGGACGGGACCGCGGAGGGGAGCUGGGACCUCCUCUGCAACUCCCGCCUCCUCCCUUGGCCCUGGCCCGGUCUCGGCUCCCCGAAGCCGCCUCUUCCCUCUCGAAGCAAUAAACCUGGCUGGCCGGCCCGGCCGGCCGCAGCGCAGGGCCUCCGCUGCCCCGAGCCCGCGCGGAGCAAUUCCGUAUAGCUUCUGUAUAAAUAUUUAAACCUCGAUAGCGGGUUCUCCCACCGCAGGCUGAAUUUUUUUUUUUAAUCUCGGAGAUUUUCAUGUUUUCAAAGCUCCCAGGCUUCGGGGUUUGCUGAGAGCGAGCGAGGCGGCACGGAGGGUGAUGGGUAUGGAACCUCGCGAUCUGGAGGAGGGGGCCGCCAGGACAGUUUUGAUUUUCUCUGCAUGUGGCGAAUGCACCGGCCCUCUUCCUCCUCGCCUCCCCAGGCCUGUUGCAGUUGACUUCUUUUAUUUCCUCCUGCAUUCCCCCCCCCCUCCGAGUUGAAGGGGCUGAGGUGGGCAGCCGGGUCCUGACUUGCAAGUUUCAAAUUGAUCUUUUCUCCCCACCUUGAGGGAAGUCAAAAUUUUCUAUGCCAUUUCUGCCUCUCGAUGCCCACUAAUGCUAUUUUUAAGAUUCCUUCUCUCUCUCUCUCUCUCUCUCUC